AUUGUGAAUAGAUGCAUUGAUUUGUAUAGGAAUGGCGGCUGAACUCUGCUCCGCGACCUAGAAGACGGGCUUUGUUGACAAGAGGCGAGUGAACUAGCUAGCGUUCGUUGCAGCAGCAAGGAUGUCGCAACGCGAUGUUGCGACACAAUCGGACGACACCGAAUACUAUGCUAUCUUGAACAUCCCGCGCGAUGCUUCUGACGAGGACGUGCGCCGCGCAUACCGCGCGCUUGCGCAAGUAUACCACCCCGACAAGCACUCGGAUCCUGAGCAGAAGAUACGCGCGCAGGAGGCGUUCGGCAAGCUGCAGGAGGCGUAUGAGGUUCUGUCGGACCCGAACCGCCGCCAGGUGUAUGACGUGUAUGGCAAGGAGGGGCUGCUUGCGGGCUUCGAGGUGGGCACCAAACUGGACAGCGUGGAGGAGAUGAAAAAGAAGUGGGAGGAGUUCAAGCGCAAGCAGGACGAGGAGCGCGCGGAGCAGCUGUCCAACCACCGCGGCACCUACACCUGCCGCAUCGACCUCACGGACGUCGCCGCCAUGGUCGCAUCCGCCUCGGGAGGAGGAGGCGGCGGCGGGCGCCACCAGCACCCUGUGCCGCUGCGGCCGCUGUUCCGGGCGGUGGCGGUGACCAACUCCAUCGACACGCCGGUGGGCGACAACGGCGACGUGGUGUACAUCCAGGGGCAGGCGGCGCUGAGGAACGGCGCCGGGCUAGGCAAUCUGAUCUUCGGCUACCGGCGUGUGCUGAGCCAGCACGACACGCUGGAAGGCAAUGUGGUGCUGGGGCUGCGCAGCGCCCUGGCGCUCACCUCCACUCGCCAGGUGACCCCCUACACCAGCGCCUCGCUGACCACCAGCUACGCGGUGGGCACGGGUGUGGGCAUGCAGCUCAGCAGCACGCGGCACCUGCCCUACAACAUGCAGGCCACGCUGGGCUGGGUGGUGGGGCCGCCCGCCGCCUCCGCGCUCACGUUCAGCAUCAGCAAGCGCGGGACCAAAUACAUCGCGGCAGGCAAGCUGGAGCUGGGCGCGGUCACCUCGCUGUCCGCCCGCCUGACCUACCACCUGGCGCCCGACACGCACCUGCGCGCCGUUGCGCGGCUGGGCACCAGCGGAGUGGACCUGGAGCUGGGGGCGGGGCGCAAGUGGGGGCCCAGCACCACGGGCUACAUGGCCACGGUGGUUGGGCUGCAGGGCGUGGCCGUCAAGGGCCGGCUGGUGCGGGGCGGCCAGACCUUCGAGGUGCCGGUGGUGGUGUCGCACUCGCUGUCGGACGUGCGCGUGGUGGCGGCGGCCUACCUGCUGCCGCCGCUGACCGUGAUUGGGCUGUCGCGGUUUGUGGUGCGGCCGCUGCUGCGCUGGCAGCGGCAGCGGCGUGAAACCAAGGAGCGGCAGGAGCACUGCGAGGCCAUUCGCAGCUCGCUAGCCAAGGCCACGGCCGAGCUGGCGCUCAUAGAGCCGGUGGCGCGGCGCAAGGCCCGGAGCGAGGCGGCGCGGCGGCCCGCCUCCGGCCUGGUGGUGCUGGACGCCGUGUACGGCGCCACAGACCAGUACCUGCAGGGCGCGGCGGCGGCGGCGGCGGCAGACGGGCUGGGCGGCGGCGGCGGCGGUGCUGGCGGCAGCGGCGCCACGCCGCAGCGGCAGGCCAUCGCGGCCGCGUCCGCCAAGCUGGCGUCGUCUGCCGAGGCGGCGGCAGCCGCCGCGGCGGCAGAGGCGGCUGCCCCCGCCGCCACGGAAGCAGCUGCUUCGGCGCCAGACCCAGCUGCCGCUGCGCUGCCGCCUGCAACGGCAGCUGAGUCCCGGCCGCCGCGCGACGGCACCCCGGGCGCCUCAGCCUCCUCGACGGCCGCCGCGGACGAGCCGCCGCCGCCGUGGCUGUCCGUGACUGCGGCGCUGCAGUACCAGGUGUCGGACUCGCGGCUGACGCUGCACCCGGGCGUGCCCAAGAAAAACCAGAUGGGUUUUGCGGACCCCACGCCCGGAUCCAGUACGGCAGUACGGCGGCUGUACGUCGCCUAUCUGUACGGCAGCCUGGUGUACGAGACCACGUGCGACGACCUGGAGGGGCUGUCGCUGCCGGGGUCGGGCGAGGUGGUGUGGGACGCGGGCCGGCGGCAGGGGCUGUUGGCGCUGGGGGCGGCGGCGCUGGGAUGCCCGGAGCUGAUGCAGCCGCCGCAGGCGGGCGCGGGUGCGGCGGCGGGGUCGGGUGCGGGGAGUGUGGCCGGCACGCCACGGUAGAGUGAGGUAGGGAGGUAGGGAGGUGCGGGGACUGUCGAGGGGUAGGAGAGGGCAGGGGCGCGCGGCGCACCCCUCCAAGCGGCGACGCACAUGCAGGGCAAGAGGCGUGUGUGCAGAGCGAGAGCUGUAACCCGGUCAGUGUCAGUGCCGGGUUGCUGGAGUUCCUGCAGAGAGCACGCCGCUGUUUCGGGGGGGAGGCGCGUCGGCGGUUCGGUCAGUUCUCGGGAAACCGUGCCGUUUCCCAUGUGACUUAGGAAACGGCUAUUGGCUUUAUGUUGGACAUAGUCAAUCCA